UAUAUAUAUUUAAUAUAUUAAUUGAUUUUUCGAUCGAUACUAUAUUGAAUAUACAUUAGAAUUAAAUAAUAUGCACUUCCACACUCAAACAAUGACUGAACCAACUGAAGAAACUCAUAAUACUACUAAUAACACUAGUGCUACAAUACUUACCAAUGAUACAAGCAACAAUUGCAUUGACAAUGCAACUACUGACGAUAACCAUAUCAAUCAUUGUAAUGUCAACUCUAUUGAAAGUGAUACAAUCAAUACAAUAACAUCUCCUCUUACUUCUACUGUAUCUUCACCUAUUCAUAAUUCCAACAUAUUAAUAAAUCCCUCUUCAUGUCAAGGUGAUAAAUUCAAUGGUAUCAAUAUCAUAAACGAAGAAUAUUUAAUAGAAUUAAAAAAUUUACACCUAAAAUUAACAUCAUUAAAUCAUAAAAAUAAUUAUUAUCAUAAGGAUUUUUUAAAUCAACUAUCUAAUAUUAAUACAAUACAGAAUAAAUUAAGCACAUGGGAUAAUUUUCAAUUGAAUAAUUUAAUAAAAAAUCAAUUAGAUGUAUGCAUUUAUAGUAAUAUUGAUUUAAUGUAUGAAAUAAUCAGCUAUACAGAAAAGUAUGAAUGUGAACAGACACGUUUAAGCCUACAGUAUAAACGUUUAAUUGAAGAAAAUCUUUGGUUAUCUAAUGAAUACAAUAUAUUAAAUAAUAAAUUAAAUAAAUUGAAUGAAAGUAUUAAAGAGUGCGAAGCUCAACGUAUUUUACAACAUUAUAAAUAUAAAAUGCGUAAAAAUGCUGACAACAAUAGUGCUCACAAUACUAACACUGGGGAUCAAUGCAAGUGUCUUACAGAGUCAAAUUCACCUAAGCCUAUUGGUCUAUUCAACGACGAUUUCAUUAAAAAGAUAAUUUCAGUGAAAAUGAAGGCGCUAUAUCGUCUGACUAUUAAAUAUAUUAACGAAGGACGUUUAGAUAUCGCUACAGUUAUGUGUACACAAUUAUUGCAGGAUCGAUCAAAAGCGAGUGAAUUAACACCAAUCGACUUUGGUGUUAUCAAUCUACUACUUGGUGUUGUGUUAAGUCAACAGAAAAGACACCUAGAAGCUAUAACAAGCAUAGAGGAUGCAUUGAAAAUAUUUGAAAUGAAAGUUGGUAAAGAGCACACGUGUCUAGUGGAUAUUUUACGACAACUGACACAUGAAUAUGUUGAACUGGGUAAUUAUAAGACAGCAGAGAAACAUUUGAAACGUGCUAUUAUGAUUAAAAAAUCCACCACAGAGGAUAAGAAUUCUAAGGAGAUAAUACAAUAUGAAAUUGAUUUAGCCGAUAUUUUGUUGUGCAAUCAGAAAUACACUGAGACAAUAGAAUUAAGUAAAGUCUGUUUAAAAUACCUGACAAAUGAAUACGAACCUGAACAUUGUAAGACAAUAAUUAUGGUUAGAUUGAAUAUACUACUUAGUAAAGCUUAUUUAAAAUUAGGAGAAAUCGAUAUGGCCUAUCAACAGAUUAGGCAUAUACUGAAAGAAUCUUUAGAUAGAGAUGCAACACAGCUAAGCUUAAUUGAUUUAUUUGAAAGACGGCAGUAUACUACUAAUGAUAAAACUCUGUUACAAGCAACUGCUUAUGAUUUAUACAGCCGACUAGGAAAUGAACAACAAAUUGAUAUAUUGAAAAUAUUACAGGCUGUUUAUAAAGCCCAGAAUAAUGAGUAUGCUUCUGAACAGUUGGAGAAUUUUUUAAACACCUUUUAUGCAGUUGAUAAGUGAGAA